CGUAAUCAAAACAAACUCCAGAGAGUCACGUAGCAGGCGGAGGUCCAGAGACGACACGUUUUCUUCGCGUUCUGUUGUGUUUGAGGUGGUUUGGUUUUGUCCGACAGUUUGGACACUCAGCAGCUCGGUUGUGUGCGUCAUGCCUCAGCUUCCAGAGGACGGGGACAGACAGCAGCAGCUUCCUCUGGUCCGCUCUCUGAUCAGUCGGGUUCCGAUUCAUGUGCUGUUCUGUAACCGCAGCCCACGAACCGUACAACUGCUCUGGAUCAACUUCCAGGGACAGCCGGUGUCUUACGGCCUGCUGAAGCCCCAGACUGCGAGGAGGAUGAACACUUAUGUCGGACAUCCGUGGAUGUUUCGUGAUGCUCAGACGGAUGACCCGAUGUUGGUGAAUAAUAAGGAGAUGUAUUUGCCCAGUGCUCGAGACAACAACCAAGCCCCAGUGGUCAUCACGCUACCCGUGUAUUCCCUGAGGGAACGUUGCCUGCAGGUGGUGAGGAAGCUAGUGUGCAUCGAAGACUUUUCCAGAUUAGAAAUCGCUCGGACUCUUCAGGAAGAUCUCUCUCAGAAGCCGAACAUUCAGUCCGACCUGCGGCGCAUCAGCAAAAGAGUUGAACAGAGACUGCUGCAGAACAGAGAGGCACAAAACACCUGAACACAUCACAUCUCCUCUCUCUUUAUUAGCUCUCUUCAUUAGCUCUCUUCUUAAUUAAAAUUCUUAUUUUUAUUAUUACAAAUAAAAAAGAAGAUGCGGAUGAAUCAACCUACUGGAAAGCUGUUUGUUUAGCUGUGUAGGAGGCGAAUGACCUUAGACGUGCUUUCUCUGCAGGAACCUUUUCUUAGAAACCCAGGAGUUUAUUCUAUUAAAAGUCGAAGCCAGAAAUAUCGAGGCAAAAUGUUGUUUAAAUGUAUAAGGGGCAAUAGUCGAUUUUUUUUGCCUCCUGUCAGACAGUUUGAAGACAUUCUACAGGCCGAUAAGAUGCUUUAGCAUUCAAGAAUUUAUGUGUGUGGAAAUACAUAUGUAUAUUAUAGCAUUUAUAGCAUUAUAUAUAAAGCUCAAGGAGGAAAAGCAAUCUUGCAUUAUACACAGACCAAUGUCAGAAAAACCAAAAAUAUAAGUCUAUGCUGGAAGAUGAUAUGAACACUAAACCAAAUGGCAUUGCUACAUCGCAGGGGUUAUCUUAUACAAUCUACUGUAUAGCUUUGUAUAACAUUUAUAAAUGUUUCUGAAUACUGAUGUAUAAUAUUUUGGUACAAAUCUGGAUCAUGUGUUUUUAAUGGUCUUUAUUUCGCUAUGUUUUGUACUAAUCUCUAGGAUAAUAAAUAAGUAAAUAAAUAAACAAUCUGA